AUGUUACACGGAUGGAAACUUCAGACCGUAGGUGAUGAAGGAUGGGAGAGUCCCUUCAGGAAGAAUCUUGAUCCCUCAAAAUGUGGAGAGGGCACAGAAGGCUGGGACUGGAUACUCACAAAGCAUGUCAAUGCCACUGUAAUCAAAAACGAGCUCGCUCCUUACGAGAAAUACGCUGGCGAUACAUUCCCAAAUGCAGCAAGACGUCUUAUGUAUAUCACUAUGCCGGACGUUGGGAAAUGCUAUCCAAACUGUGACAAGAACUUAUAG